AUGCAAGGGGAGCUUCCUCAGUCAAGCUGCGACGCAGGGGUUGCAUUGGCAUUGCAGUCAUUGGGAAUAAGAAUCAACUUCAGAAGCUGCGAAAGCGUGCCUGAAGAUAGCGAAGAAUUGGGACGUGGACCAAACCUCAAGUGUGCUGAUUUAGCCGUUCGGCUCUCCAGGAUCACACCUUACAGAGCUGAAAUAGAAUGGUGCAAGGGAUCCUGUGAUAAGUCUGAUGAGAAACUAGGGGUAGAGCCACUGGAGAUCGCAGAGUAUUAUUGGUCUAAUAUGCACCAUGUCAAGGGUCAUUACUUGACGCAUGGAAGAGAGAGGUGGUUCGAGAUUUUCGACAGGUGGUGGAGGGAGAAGAGGGUUAAUGAGGAGGAGAAUAGUAAGAGAAUCAAAUUUGCAGGUUUGACUCUGGAUUCCUGCUUUUGGGCCAAGGUGGAGGAAGCUAGAGAAUGUGUAGCUAAUGUUAGAAGUAAUUCAAGCUACGAAAAAUUGGAGGAGUUGACAGAAUUGAGAUUGGCGGUACAUCCAUUCUGGACCGCUACACAAUUUCCAAGUCUUAGAGGUGGGGAAGUAGUUCCCUAG